GGAGAGGUAACCCGUAAGUCGUAACCGGUAACCGGUCAAAUUGUUGACUUGUGGUAACGUGUCGGUUGUUUGUUGGUUUGGUAUCCUUUUGGUUGAAUAUUUCUAAAUAAUUUGAGUAUCGAUAUAUAAAUAUAUUUUCAUAAGUUUAUAAAUAUUUAUAAUGGUAAAACCAAUAAUCCUACCUGUUUUACUUGUAUGUUUUACAAGUUACUGUAAUUCAACUUUAUUUGAAUCUGAUUCUUGUUAUUCUUUUGGAAGCGGCAAUGUAUUUCCCGGUGGAGCAAGAAAAAUUGACCACAAACUACAAUUUACUAAGGCUAUGAUUUCAAAACCAGCCCCUGAGUGGGAAGCAACAGCUAUUGUAAAUGGAGAAAUCACCCAAUUAAAACUGUCAAGUUUCAGAGGGAAAUAUUUAGUAUUUUUCUUUUAUCCUCUAGACUUCACUUUUGUAUGCCCUACUGAAAUAUUGGCUUUCUCAGAAAGAAUUGAAGAGUUCAAAAAACUUAAUACUGAAGUAGUGGCAUGUUCUGUUGACUCCCAUUUUACACACUUAGCAUGGAUUAAUACUCCCCGUAAGGAAGGUGGACUUGGUAAAAUUAAUAUUCCACUUGUGAGUGAUCUGACACAUUCUAUAGCUAAAGAGUAUGGUGUAUAUUUAGAAGAUUUAGGACAUACAUUACGAGGUCUCUUCAUUAUUGAUGAUAAGGGGGUUCUGAGACAGAUAACUAUGAAUGACUUGCCAGUUGGUAGAUCAGUUGAUGAAACACUGAGGUUGGUCCAAGCCUUCCAAUAUACCGACAAACAUGGGGAAGUCUGUCCUGCUGGAUGGAAACCAGGUCAAGACACUAUUAUACCAAACCCAGAGGAAAAAAGAAAGUACUUUGAAAAAGUCUCCAAAAACUGAUGGAGCCAUUGUUUCCUAUAUAAAAAACACUUAAUAUUUAUCUUUUUAAGUUUUGUUUAUACAUACUGUGUAAACUCUAUGAAUGAUCACUUUAUUUAAAUGAUUUAACUCCCUUAUAUGUUAAAAUAACUUGACUGAUUCCUUUAAACAUCAAUCUAAUGUUACAGUAUCUUGCUAUUUCGAAUUUACACAUUUUUUUUUGCCUUUCGAGACUACUAAAUAUGAUUACAAUAGUGUGAUAGUUUAUUGCAUUUAUAUUAUAUAAAAUUUUAAGGGCAUGUUUAGGGCAGAAUAUAAAGUUUUUGUCACAAAUUAAUAAUUCCCUCUAUUUUUAACAAGGUGCUAUUCAUCAAUUUGCAUAAUAAUCACGAAACUAAUAAAAAUAAAUUAAUCAUGUAUUUCAACUGUUUUUACGUCAUAAUGUAUAAUAUGAACAACUACUAGGUAUUUUAUCAGAAGCAAUUUAUUUUCGUAACUAAUUUAUUAGUAUUUUAUACAUUGAAGUCAUCACAAUUUAUUAUAUAAGAGACUUUAUAAUACAU